CACCGGGAGAAACUAGAAGACGUCGCCGAGAGAGAGGGUUUUAGCAAAAAGGGUCUCAGUAUUUAAGAGCAGGAGCUGCCGCCUUCCACACCCGUUCCUCCCUCUUCGCCCUCACAAGCUCCUCCCGGUCGGACGCCUCUUGCCCUUCGCCGCCUCUUGCCCUUCGCUGCCUCCUGCUCAAAGCCGACUCCUGCCCCUCUCCGAAUCCUGCUCAUUUAGGACUCCUUGAGGACUUGGAAGGAACCCCCAUAUCUUCCUCUCAUGGCGCCAAGCUUCUUGUUUGAAGCCCCCAGUGAUGAAGAACACUUAGUGGAGGAGGAGGAGGAGGAGGAGGAGGAAGAAGAAGAAGAGGAACACGAAGGAGAAGGAGGAGGAGGAGGAGGAGGAGGAGAAGAAGAAGAUGAUGAUAAGAAGACCAAUAAGAAAAAACAAUCUCCUUGGGAUUUUGGCUCCUACUCGGAAUCCGUGGCGGAAGAGCAUGCUCGACGGAGCACAACCUCGGUCGAUUUCAAGAUAUCCAAAGCUCUCCAGAACCGCUCUGUCCCUGUCGCCAAUCCACCUGAUGACACCAGCUCUGAAUCGGAAGAGCCAGACCAGCAGGAAGAUUAUAAAUCAGAAGAUGAAGAUGAUGCUGGCGGCAAUGCUGGAGAGAACAAGCCCUUCUUUGCCUCUUCGGAUGGAGUGUCCUUUCAUGCAAAUACCUUUAUGGAGCUUAAUCUCUCUCGGCCAUUGCUUAGGGCUUGUGAGGUGUUGGGGUACGCUAAGCCCACACCAAUUCAGGCUGCCUGCAUUCCUUUAGCACUUACUGGGCGUGAUAUAUGUGGGAGUGCCAUUACUGGUUCUGGAAAGACAGCAGCAUUUGCUUUGCCUGCUUUGGAGAGGUUACUGUUCCGGCCCAAAAGGAUGAAAGCAAUAAGAGUUCUAAUACUCACUCCAACCAGAGAGUUGGCAGUUCAGGUUCAUAGCAUGAUACAGAAGCUUGCACAGUUUACUGAUAUAAGAUGUUGCCUUGUUCUUGGUGGACUUUCAAUGAAGGAACAAGAGGCAGCCUUGAGAUCGUUACCUGAUAUCGUUGUGGCAACACCUGGGCGACUGAUAGAUCAUUUACGGAAUUCUAUGUCGGUUGAUUUAGAAGAUCUUGCAGUACUAAUUCUUGAUGAGGCUGAUCGUCUGCUGGAGCUUGGUUUUAGUGCUGAAAUUCAUGAGCUGGUUCGUCUAUGCCCUAAACGGAGGCAAACGAUGCUGUUCUCAGCUACAAUGACUGAGGAAGUUGAUGAGCUCAUUAAGCUUUCGCUGACAAAACCAUUGCGUCUUUCAGCUGAUCCAUCCUCAAAACGGCCAGCUACACUAACUGAAGAGGUGGUCAGAAUACGGAGGAUGCGUGAAACCAAUCAGGAAGCAGUUCUACUAGCAUUGUGUUCAAAAACUUUUACAUCCAAAGUCAUUAUAUUCAGUGGAACAAAGCAGGCAGCUCAUAGGUUGAAGAUCCUGUUUGGACUUGCUGGCUUCAAAGCUGCAGAACUUCAUGGAAAUCUCACUCAAGCUCAGCGUCUUGAUGCAUUGGAAGUUUUCAGGAAGCAAGAAGUUGAGUUUCUGAUUGCAACGGAUGUGGCUGCCCGAGGUCUUGACAUACUCGGUGUCCAAACAGUCAUAAAUUAUGCGUGUCCUCGUGAUAUUACGAGCUAUGUUCAUCGAGUUGGACGAACAGCAAGAGCAGGGAGAGAAGGAUAUGCCGUGACGUUCGUUACUGACAACGACCGAUCUCUGUUGAAAGCAAUUGCCAAGAGAGCUGGUUCAAAGCUAAAGAGCAGAAUAGUUGCUGAGCAAUCAAUUAGUAAGUGGGCCCUUGUAAUUGAAGAAAUGGAGGAUCAAGUCACUGCCGUUCUUCGAGAAGAGAGGGAAGAGAGAGCCUUGAGAAAAGCUGAGAUGGAGGUCACCAAGGCUGAGAAUAUGAUUGCACACAAGGAGGACAUCUUUGCACGUCCUAAAAGGACAUGGUUUGUGACUGAGAAGGAGAAAAAGCUUAUGGCUAAGGUAGCAAAGGAAUCUAAGCAAAAAAGUAAGGCUUCUGAAAAGGAAGUGAUUAGUGCGCAAGAGGCAGAAGAUCUUAAAAUGAAAGAGAAGAGGAAACGAGAACGUGAGAAAAAUUUGCCCCGUAAGAAGCGGCGGAAGCUAGAAGCUGCCAGGGAAAUGUUGGAGGAAGAGAAGAAUAAUGACAAAGCAGAGAGUGGUGGAAAAGAAAAGCCACUGUCACUUGUUGACCUUGCUUACCGUCGGGCAAAAGCAGCAAAGGCGGCAAAGAAGGCAAUGGAUGCAGGAAAGAUUGUCAGAAAGGGGGCCAGUAAGAAAACAAAACGACCUGCCGAGAGGACUCAAUCAAGGAAAAAAGAGAUGCAUGAGCUGUUUCAGAGUGACAUGAGUCAGCAGAAGUCAGAGAAGAGAAGUGGCAUUGGUGGAAAAAAGAAAUCAUCAAAGUUUAAGAGCAAGUCGAGGUACAAGCGGAGGUAGUAAUAAUUCAAUCAAAGCAUCACAAAGGCUGUUGCUUCUACUGCUUUCCAGCACUACUGAGUCGGACUGAAAAGGAGCAUUUUUAGCGAUCAGCAAAUGCAGGUCUUCUCAGGCAAAGCUGGUACUGAUUUGAAGGCACUCCGUGCUUGUAAGUGAAGUGGUGAAUAUGACAAGUAGAGGGCUUUUGCUCUAUAUGGUUGUAUGCCAGUAUUUGGGUUAGGCUAUAGCAUUAGCUUACAAGGAAGAGGCCGGGAAAAUUAUCGGCAUUUUUGGGUGAAGAGGGAUAAUUGCAGAACGCAAACGCGCUUUCGAUGAUUCUCAGUGUUAUAUUAUGCUUAUGAAGAAAGAUAGCAAUAUUAAGUAAGAAGAGAACCUCUCGGAUUUGGUCUUGAA